AUGGCAAACACAACCACCACCGCGCUCGUUCUCCACGGCGCCAAAGACCUCCGCCUGGAACAACGCCCCAUCACCGCCCCAUCAACAACAGAAGUCCAAGUCGCCAUCCGCGCAACCGGAAUCUGCGGCUCAGACCUGCACUACUACAGCCACGGCCGCAAUGGCGACUUCGUCGUACGGGCACCAAUGUGUCUGGGCCACGAAUCCGCCGGCACAGUAACAGCCACGGGCAGCGCCGUGACAACGCUGAAAGUCGGCGACCGCGUCGCGCUGGAAGUCGGUCUCCCAUGCCGUACCUGCGCGCUGUGCAAACAAGGCCGCUACAACAUCUGCAAAGCGAUGCAAUUCCGCAGCUCAGCAAAAGCCUUCCCGCAUCUCGACGGCACGCUGAUGGAACGCACAAACCACCCAGCAGAUAUGUGCCACUUGCUCCCGGACAGUGUCUCCGACGCGGGCGGUGCGCUGGUCGAGCCGCUCGCUGUCACGCUGCAUGCUGUGCGUCGCUCACACCCGCCGAGUAAGGAGGAGGUUGCUCUGAACCGCGCGGCUGGAGAGGAGACUGCUGCGCUGGUUUUCGGCGCUGGUGCGAUCGGUCUCCUGCUUGCUGGCGCGUUGGCUGCUAGUGAGAAUUUCUCGGCGAUUGUUAUUGCUGACAUUGAUGCGCGGAGACUGAAGAUUGCGGAGGAUAUGGGGCUUGGACUUAAGACUGCUCUUAUUCCGAGAGCGGAGACUCCGCCUCCGGCGAAGGACGCGCCUCAUGCGGAGCAGACGGCGUAUGCGCUGGAGAAUGCGCAGAAGGUUGCGGCUACGUUGGUUGAGGCGGUCGGUGCGAAGGAUGGACUUGUUGUUCACGGAUUCAGUCGUGUUUAUGACUGUACCGGUGUGCCGGCUUGUGUGCAGGCUGGUAUCUAUGCUAGUGCGCCUGGUGGUGUGCUGGUGCAGAUUGGAAUGGGAAAUCCUAUCCAGACUCUGCCUGUUGGCGCGGCGGCGCUGCGUGAGGUGGAUAUCAUUGGUGUGUUCCGUUAUGAUGGGUUUGCGUACCCUGCUGCUAUUGCGCUGCUGGCGAGUGGCAAGAUGAAGAGUGUUGAAGAGAAGGUUGUUACGCAUAGGCUUAAGUUGGAGGAGGGAGAGCGGGCGUUUACACUUGCUGGGAAUGGAGUUGAUGAGGAGGGGAACCCUGUUGUGAAGGUUAUUAUUGAGAACCGACGGGGCUCUAGUGGCUCUCUGUGA